AUGGCGAAAGAAGAUAUUGAAGAAGAGAGGGAAAUCCGUAAUGAUGCCUCUGAAAAUAGCUCUGACGAAGAAGGUGAUGAUGUCUUAGAUUCUUCUGAAGAAGAUGACGAUGACGAUGAUGAGGAAGCCAUUCAACGUGUUCGGGAGGGAUUCAUUGUCGACGAUGACGAAGAUGAAAGUCAAAGACGUAAAAGAAGAAAGCAUAAGAAGAGAAAGAGAGAAGAACGCACGAAUGAUGAUGAGAAUGAUGCCUUGGAUCAAGAUGAUUUGGAGUUAUUAAUGGAAAAUUCAGGUGCGAGACCUCAACCUAGCUCGAAUAAGCUUAAGCGUCUUAAGAGAGCACAUACUGAAGACACAGAAGGAGAUGAAGAAGGGACAGGAGCAAAUGAAUCUAGGAGAGGCGGGUUAACCGAUAUUUUCUCCGAUGAAGAUAAUGAUGAAGAAGAACGAGCAGACUUACGUGAGACUCGUGUGGACGAUGACCGUAAUAUAUUAGAUGAAUUCGAAGAUUUUAUCGAAGAAGACGAAUAUUCCGAUGAGGACGAAGAACGUCAACGCAAAUUGACUCAGCAACGUGAACGCGCUCAAAAGAAAGGUCCAAGGCUUGAUACUUCUAAAUUAUCUAAUGUUGAUAGAGAAAGUUUACAACAAUUAUUUGAAGUUUUCGGUAAUGGUGCUGAAUAUGAAUGGGCAUUAGAAGCGCAAGAAAUGGAAGAUGAAGGUAAUGGUGAAAACUUAGAACCUACUUCGUUGGAUGAAGUUUUCGAACACGCAGAAUUAAAAGAACGUAUGUUAACGGAAGAAGACAACUUAAUUCGUAUUGUUGAUGUCCCUGAAAGAUUCCAAAAGUAUCGUUCUAAUUUAAACUAUAUUGAUUUGGAAGGAGAAGAAUUAAAGAGUGAACAAGAUUGGGUGGCCAAUAUAUUGUUCAUGGAGAAGCAAGGCUCAUUUAGUGGAUUCUUGGAAGAACCAUUUAAAGAAGCCGUUUCUAAGGUUGUUGAAUUCAUUUCUAAGGAUGUCUAUGAAGUUCCGUUUAUAUGGACUCAUCGUCGUGAUUUCUUAUUAUAUUCAGAAGAAAUAAAAAAUGAGGAUGGAAGUGUCACUAAUUCAGUUCAUAAAUUAUUAUUUGAAGAUGACUUAUGGCGUAUUUUCCAAUUAGAUAUCGAAUAUCACUCACUUUUCGAGAAAAGAGUGAACAUAGAAAAAUUAAUCGAAUCUUUGAAUUUAGAUGAUGAUUUAGUUAAAGACGUGAAAUCAUUAGAAACUAUGGUUGCAAUUCAAGAUUUACAGGACUAUAUUAAUUUCACUUAUUCUACCGAAAUACGGAAAUUAUACGAUGACAAAGAAACCGAAGGAAUUGAUAAUAAUAUAACCAAGAAACAUUCUAAAUAUGCUGUUUUUGAAAGAAUAAAAUCAAAUGUAUUAUAUGAUGCAGUCAAAGCUUUUGGUAUAACGGCAAAAGAAUUUGGUGAGAACGUUCAAGAUCAAAGUUCUAAAAAGUUUGAGGUUCCUUAUAGAAUUCAUGCUACUGAUGAUCAUAUUGAGUCCCCUGAAGAUUUAAUUGAAAGACUUUGUGAAGAUGAUGAGGUUUUGUUUAAGGACCCAAAGAACGCUCUUAGCGCAGUCAGAAAGACUUUCGCAGAAGAAAUUUUCCACAAUCCUAAAAUUAGACAUGAAGUAAGAUCUACAUAUAAAGAUUUUGCUUCCAUAAGAGUAGCGAUCACUGAGAAAGGUAAAUCUAUAGAUAACCACAGUCCUUAUGCGGAUAUAAAGUAUGCCAUCAACAGAUCUCCUGCUGAUUUAGUACGUAAUCCUGAUGUCUUACUUAGAAUGCUUGAAGCAGAGGCUGCUGGUUUGGUAGUUGUGAAGGUUGAAACAAAAGAUUACGACAGUUGGUUCCAGUGCAUUUUCAAUUGUUUGAAAUCAGAUGGAUCUUCUGAGAUUUUUGAGAAAUGGAAUAAAGAAAGAGAACUUGUAUUGAACAUGGCCUUCAAGAGAUUGACCUCUAUGGUUUCUAUGAAUACGAAGGAAGAUUUACGUCGUGAAUGUGAGCGUUUAAUUGCAAGCGAAGUCCGUCGUAGGUUCUUAGCCAGAAUUGAUCAAGCUCCAUUUACUCCAUUUGGGUUUGACAAAGGCACAAAGCCAAAUGUAUUAGCAUUAUCGUUCGGAAAAGGUGACUUUGACAGUGCUGUUAUUGGUGCAUUUUUGAGAGAAAGUGGUAAAGUUGAUGAAUUUUUCAAAUCUGAGAACAACCCUAUCAGGGAUCGUGAAAGUGAAGAAAAAUUCAACGGCCAAUUGAAAGAAUUUUUCGACAAAAGCCUUAUUAGUCAAAAGCCAGAUGUCAUUGUUGUUUCUGGCUAUAACGCUCUCUCAAAGAAGCUUUUUGAUUCUGUAAAGUCUUUUGUUGAAACCAAUAAUAUUACUGCUACUACCGAAGAAUUAACUGAUGUCCAAAAUCCACCAUUGAUACAAGUGAUUUGGGGACAGUCAGAAACUGCAACUUUAUUCCAGAAUUCCGAAAGGGCAAGAAUUGAGUUUUCCGAUAAGCCAACAUUGGCUAAAUAUUGUGUAGGGUUAGCACGUUACGUUCAAAGUCCGUUAUUAGAAUAUCUUUCAUUAGGUGAAGGUAUUUUAUCAUUGACAUUUUAUGAAUAUCAAAAGUUGAUUCCAACAGAUUUAAUUAUGGAGGCAAUAGAAUCAGCCUAUGUGGAUAUAGUUAAUAUGGUUGGUGUUGAAAUUAACGAAGCAAUUCGUGAUCCAUAUAUUGCUCAACUCUUACCCUACGUUGCAGGAUUGGGACCCCGUAAAGCUUCUGGAUUAUUGAGAAACAUCAAUUCUAAAUUAGGGUCUACAUUGGCUAACAGAAGUGAUUUAAUCGAAAACGAACUUUCGACUGCUAACAUCUUUAUUAACUGUUCAUCAUUUUUAAAUAUUCCUUACGAUGAAGGUUUAUCUAUGAGAGAUUCAUCAGUAGAAUUAUUGGAUGCGACAAGAAUCCAUCCGGAAGAUUAUGAUUUAGCUCGUAAGAUGGCAGCUGAUGCUCUUGAUUUAGACGAAGAAGAUAUGGCUCAUGUUGAAGAACAGGGUGGUAUUAUUUAUCAAUUGAUGCAAGAUGGAGUAAGUAAGGUUGAUGAUUUAAACUUAACUGCAUAUGGUAAAGAGCUUGAAAGCAAAUUUGGUAAAAAGAAAUAUGCUACUUUACAAAGUAUCAAGGAAGAACUUGUUAAUAAUUUCGAAGAAAUUAGAAGGUCUUUCCAUAUAUUAGAAAACCAUGAAGUUUUCCAUAUGUUGACAGGUGAAACAACUGAAUCUUUUGCCAGAAAUACAAUUGUACCCGUGACAAUUAAUAAAGUUGGACAAAACUUCAGAGAUUUUGAAAAUUCGAAAAUUAAGUUUGCCAAAGUUACAACCUCUUCGCUCAUCCUGGGUAAUAUUGAAGAAGCUAGUAUUCCUCAAGGUAUUGAUCUUGUUCAAGGACAGGUAGUACAGGCUGUUGUUUUGGACGCUUAUUACGAUUCUUUCACCGCAUCGUUCAGUUUACUUGAGGCAGAUAUUCAAAAGGGAGCUGCUCCUAAAUUCCAUAAAGAUCCCCUCAAAUGGGAUUUUGAAGCAGAACAAGCAGACAAGCAAAAAGAAAUGGCAAAGGAAAGAGCACAACUUGCCAAAACAAGAAACAUUCAACAUCCAUUGUUUCAUAAUUUUAGCUACAAACAAGCUGAAGAAUUUUUAGCACCUCAAGCAGUUGGAGAUUGUGUGCUUCGUCCAUCCUCGAAGGGACCAAACUUCUUAACCGUCACUUGGAAAGUGGCUAACAAUUUAUUUCAACAUCUUAGUAUACAAGAAAAUACUCAAGGUAUGGGCAAGGAAUAUAUUGUUGAACAUAAGAGAUAUGCUGACUUGGAUCAAUUGAUCUUUCAACAUGUUCAAGCUAUUGCCAAACAUGUAGAUGAAAUGUGCCGUCAUCCAAAAUUCCGCGAGGGUACUAUGUCUGAGGUCAACGAAUGGUUAGAAUCCUACACUAAAGCUAAUCCAAAGAAUAGUGCGUACGUGUUUUGCUUUGAUCACAAAGCACCUGGUUGGUUUUUAUUAUUAUUCAAGGUCAAUGUUAACACACCAAUAACUACAUGGCAUGUUAAAACAGAAAGUGAUGGUUACAGAUUAAAGGGAUUCUCAUAUCCAAGUAUGCUUCGUUUAUGUAAUGGUUUCAAACAAACCUUCAAGAGUUAUGUUAAGGGAUUUGCGGAUAGAUCAAGAACGGCUAAACCUGCUCCAAUAAACAAUCAAGCUCAAGCAAGUACAUACGGUGGAUAUGGUUAUUGA